AAGUUUAACAGUGCUGCUCAAUAUAAUAAUCACAAUGAAAAAAGCUGAACUGGUGAAGAGAAACUCAAGCUCAAUGAUUUCCCCGACCCAAGAAACGUUGACGGAGCAGUCCCCUGUCGAAGCUCCACCUGUGUUCCUCCGAAAGCUGAAGUGGGCCGCUGUUGCGGCAGGAUGUGAUGUCCGUCUGAGGGUGUCUGUGGGAGGCAACCCAAGACCCACGCUGCAUUGGUACCAUAAUGACGACCCUUUGAUAAAUGAUCUUGAGGAUUAUGACGGAUUGUGGAUACGAGAUUGUAAACAAGCUGAUGGAGGCCUCUACACCUGUGUGGCUGUUAAUCACCUGGGUGAAGCUAGAACCAGUGCUGUCCUUGCUGUGCUGGACCUUGGAGAAGACUCAAACAGUACAGAGGAUGAAAGUGCGGAGCCUCAGGUCUCCAUGGAGGUGAAGGAACAUUUCAUGCCUCCCCAGAGGGAAGCAAUUAACAGUCAACCUACUGGCAGGGGGAGAGCAGUGCUUUCCCAUAUCCCAGGUGAUGGUCCAGUUGUGGAGAGGGAGCUGCAAAUCCUGGGCUCUAGAGCUCCUGGUCUUCGGGAUCCCUUGUCACCUAGCAGGGACCAGUUGGACUUUAUAAAAAGGGAAACAUCUCCAUUUGUCCAAACCCAGCCAUUCCAAAACACUCAAGGUCCCAUUACCCUAAGUGAUGUAGAGCCAACAACUGAUCCAACAACUGCCCACAAUGACACCAAAACAGCCAUAAAUGGAGCUGAGCUACCUGUUAAAAUCAUAAGCUCAGCUCCAUCUCAAAGCAGUGGUUCCCAAGAUAAAUCCUCCUUCCAAACUCCAAAAGCAUCACAGGCCAGUUCCAAAAUCUUAGACAAAGUGAGAGCUUUUGAGGAACAAAGACACAGCAGUAACAUACCAAAGUUGUCUUCAUCAAGACUACCAUGGGGCUUCAAUCGAACAUCAACCUGCAAUUCUGAGGAUAGUAGGAGUAAAUCUGGAAAGCUCCAAGACAACUCCAAGAGUGAUGUGGCACUCAAGAGGUCUUUCUUCAAGCAGAAAGCAUCCUCUCUGGAGGAACAGUCAACCUAUGUACAGAAACAUUUUCAAAGUAAACUCUCAGAAGAGCUUCACAGAAUAAAAAAACUUGUCGGAAAGUCCAAUAUCAAGAAAGCCUUUUCAAUGGAUCAGCUCACCCAGACUGACAAGCAGUCCACUGGAAACACUGAUUCAGUUCCAGCCCAGGUAAUUCAGAAGGUUGAAGAGACUACUAAUUCAAAGGAUUUACCAGAAUCAAAAGAAAGAUGGUCAGCCUUGCAAAAGGAGGAAUCACAACAAUUACAGAAAGAGAAACUGGCAGAUGAAUCAAAACAACCUGAAAGGAAAUCACCUCCUGAUAUUACAGAAAACCAGUGGAGGAAACAUUCUAAGCCCAGGCAGCUGUUGGACAGGCAAGUCAUCAGCGAGAAGGUCACUUUCAGUAAAAUACCAGGACAGUGUUCACCAAUGGUGCCAAGGACAAAUAUGUCCAGCAAAUUACCAAAAUCACCUGUAGAAAUACCACCUGUUCGAACCAUAAUGCAAGGGGGUUUGGUGCAAGCACCCCAAAAACCUCCAAGGUUGUUUGGUUCAAUUUCCGUGCUCCCAAAGUCAUUUAAGGAAAGAGAGGAGAAAAAAGACUCACCACUUAUUCCUAAAAUGACCAUACCUACAAUUGUGGUUGAAAAUAAGCCUGUGGAUGAAGAGGCACAUAAAGCAGAGAAAGGUCAAAAGGAAGUUAACAAACAUGAAGGAAAAAUAACCAGAAGAAACAGAGAUGUGGAGGGACUAAUGGACAUUUUUGGAAAUUACAUGUCUGUGGAAGAGGUCCCAGCAGAGGCCCCCAUGUCUGAACCGCCACUUAAGAAUGCAAUGGUAGCUGCUGGAUCAGUGGUGAUGCUUCAGUGCAUCAUCAAGGGAGGGAAACCUUUUCCCAGAGAACAACCUGUUGUGGAGAGUGAUAAUAUUCGCAUUCUCAAGGUAAAUGGUCGUCACUCUCUGUUCAUCACUCACGUUAACAAGGAGAGUGAGGGAUUGUACACAGUAUUUGCUCGAAAUGUUUAUGGAGAAGCAGAAAGCUCAGCUGAACUCUAUGUACAGGAACCACGACCAGCCAUAUCUACUCACAUGUCAAGGUUAGAGAAGAUGCCAUCAAUCCCCGAGGAGCCUGAGGUGUUUGAGGGAGAGGUGGAACACAGGACAAUGCCAGACUUCAUAAAACCUCUCAGUGACCUGGAAGUGGUAGAAGGGAAAGAAGCAGUAUUGAAGUGCAGGGUGACAGGCCUGCCAUAUCCCAAAAUCAUUUGGUACCACAAUGGCAUGAAGAUAGAGAGCUCUGAUGACAGAAAGAUGAUACAGUACAGGGAUGUUCACAGUCUGGUCAUUAAUUCUGUGUGUCAUGGCCACAGUGGUGUGUAUAAAUGUGUCAUCUCCAAUAAGGUGGGAAAGGCUGUCUGCUAUGCUCAUUUAUAUGUUGCAGUUAGCCUUCCUGAACCACCUGAUGGUCCUCCAGUAAUUGAAUCUGUAACUGGGAGAACAGCCUCACUGAGCUGGAAAAUACCAAAAAACCUACACCCUUCCAUAGAUCCUGCUUCACUUAUGUACAUUGUUCAACAACAAGCUCUAGGGUCCACCCAGUGGACAACCAUUGCCUCCAGCCUCAAAGACACCUCUUAUACAGUCACCUCUCUUUCUAAAGGAGUGUGUUAUUCCUUCAGAGUCCUUAAUACUACUGGAAAAGCAUCCAGCAAACCCUCACAGCCCACUGACCUGGUCCAGCUCUAUGACAGAGGACAGUAUUUACACAAAGCCCCAGUCAUUCUGGACAAGCCUGAUAUUGUGUAUGUGGUUGAGAACCAGCCUGUCACCAUCACAAUAACCCUUAAUCAUGUCCAAGCAACAGGCACGUGGAAAAGAAGGGGAGUGAUGCUUCUCAACAAACCUGGUGCAUUAGAGAUGACCAUGCCUGAUGAUGACCAGCAUGCCCUACACAUUGUCAAAGUGAAAAGCACGGAUGUAGGUCAGCUGAUCUUCAUGGCAAACAACCAGUACGGCAGUGACCUCUGCACUCUGCAGCUGGCAAUGGCAGUGCCCCUUUCAUUUGAGACCAUCAUGGAGGACUUGGAUGUGUGUGGGGGGGAAACAUCUCGUUUUGCUGUGGUUGUAGAUGGAAAACCUGACCCUGAUAUCCUUUGGUACAAGGAUAAUGUCCUUCUGGCAGAGAGCAGUCAUUUUACCUUUGUGUAUGAUGACAGAGAGUGCUCGCUUGUGGUUCUCAAUGCUCAGCCAGAGGAUGAAGGGGUCUACACUUGCACUGCAAAGAACCAGGCUGGGUCAGUGUCCUGUAAGGCUGAGCUUACUGUUCAUACUGCCAAAAAUGUGGAGGAGGAGGAAGAGCAAAUGGAAGAUGAAGGCACAAUUCUACGAAGGAUGCGUAGACUGACUGAUUACUACGACAUACACAAAGAAAUUGGCAGAGGGGCUUUUUCAUACAUCAAGCGAGUGACACAGACAAAUGGACAAAUAUUUGCAGCAAAAUUCAUUUCGUUAUGGGCAAAGAGAAAAACUUGUGCUCUGAGAGAGAUGACCCUCCUGUCAGAGUUAGACCAUGAGAAGAUCAUCCACUUCUAUGACGCAUUUGAAAAGAGACGUGUAGUGGUCAUUAUUACUGAACUGUGCCACGAAGAGCUUUUGGAAAGAAUAACAAAAAGAACAACCAUCUUAGAAUCUGAGGUUCGGUCUAUCAUACGGCAGCUACUUGAGGGUAUCGACUAUCUUCACCAGAAUGACAUAAUUCACCUUGAUAUAAAGCCUGAAAACAUCCUCAUGGCAGACCAAAAAAGUGAUCACAUUCGUAUUUGUGAUUUUGGCAAUGCUUUGAAAGUCAAACCAAAUGAAGAAUUGUACUGCAAAUACGGCACACCAGAAUUUAUUGCUCCUGAGAUUAUAAACCAGUCACCCAUCUCUAAAUCAACAGAUAUUUGGCCAGUGGGUGUCAUCACUUACUUAUGCCUAACAGGAGUUUCUCCAUUUGCUGGGGAAAAUGAUCGUGGCACGUUGCUGAACAUCAGGAACUAUAAUGUUGCCUUUGAGGAGAGCAUGUUCAAAGACCUUUGCAGAGAAGCAAAAGGAUUCAUCAUAAAGCUCCUUGUAGCAAGCAAACUGAGACCUGAUGCCACAGAAUGUCUUCUUCAUCCUUGGUUCAAGUCUCUGGUAAAGGGAAAGAGUAUCAACACAACAUUACAUAAGCAAGUGUUAGCCCGACGGAAAUGGCAGUGUUCACUCAUUAGAUACAAAUCUAAAAUGGUGAUGAGAUCUAUAUCAGAGUUGCUGGAUGACUCUUCAAGCCAUGUGUCUCUUGCUGUACCCAGAAACCUUAAAGAUGGUUCACCACCUCCAUCGUCGUCCUCCGAUUCAGAUGAGGACAUCGAUGAACUUCCUUUCAUCCCUAUGCCUCACACAAUGAUGUUCUCUGGAUCAAGGAUGUCACUGACAGAGAUCCAUGAGGAUGAUGUUGAUGUCAUUAGAGGAUCCAAUGAGUCCUACCAAAAAAACAUUAAUUGGCUGGAGGACAUCACAAAAUGUCAGACAACUGAUGGACAGAGGGAUGUAGACCACCUGGAGAUUGCAGAAAGGACUGUGAACUUGAAAGAAUCCUUCCAAAGGGGUUCCAGUGUAGAAGCUGAACAGGUAGCAGGCAAAUCCAGAAGAGCACUAAUGCGAAGAGGGAGUUCUGCUGAUAGUGCGCUUCUUCUACAGAUCACACCUGAAGAUGGUAAUAUGAACGAUACUACAGAGGAAGGCCAAAAGCACAUGAAAAAGGCGGUUUCCAUGGAGCUGCCACACAGGAGCAAUAGCCCAAAGACAGGGAGGCUGAGCAAGGAAGAUUAUGCUCUAAAACUGGAUCUUAUGCGGCAGAGGUUGCUAAGAGGAGGCACUGUUGACAAGAACAUGAGUGGUCUUCGUGGCCCCCUGCUUGAGACACUGGGUGUUGAUAAUGAGAGGCGAACUGCUUCUUUGGAUCGUAACUUUAGACGUGCCAAGUUGAGUGAUUCAGAAGUUCCUCGGGCAUUCUCCUCUGACUGCCCUGAUGAUACUUCUCCAAAUACUGCAUUAAGGAAGAGGUCUUCUUCAAGGGACAGAAACUCUGAGUCAAUUUCACUACAUAGAAGAUCUGGAGCCCCACUAGAGAUUCCCUCCAUUUUUUCUGGGGACCAUAACUUGUUGGAAGCCACAUCUCCUCUCUCAGAACAAACAAAGGAUGGUACAAAGCCUGUGUUUCCAAGAGAAAUUUCUUCCAAACCACCAACUCCAGACAUAGAAAAUAAACAGGAAUCUAAGGAAGAGGCUAUUGGUGCCAUCCAAAUUAUGAAUACAUCUCAGCCUGCAUCUAUAUUAGAUGACAGUGAUAAGAAGGUAGAGAAGAUGGAAGAGCACAUGUUCUCUGAAGACUGUGUGCCAGGAAAGAUAAAUAAAAGUACUGAAUCUUCUCUUGAUAUACUUCCACAUGACAUAUCCUCAAAUUAUUCCAGUAAAUUGCAGGUAAAUGGCAAAAAGGCAUCAUCUGUCUUAGUGUUACCCAUCCCUAUCUUGAAAAUCUCAGAGCCGGAUAUUCAACCUACCACUGGACAUCCAGUUGUUUAUGCUUCUGCUUCCUCUGCAUAUCACCCGACUCUUAGAACUGAUAUUAAAGAUAUUGAUUCAGAGGAAAUGUUUGAGGCAAGGUUUAAGAAGAGGGAAUCAUCUUUGACACAUGGCCUAAAACGAUUGACAAGGACCAAGUCUGAAGAAAACUCACCUGUUCUCCCACGGAAAUCAAAUGAAGAGGUUUAUCGACCUCGCCCUGUAGGUGCCCCAUUGGAGUUUGGACCCAGAGGAUUAAAGGAAAAAUCCAAGUCUGUCCAAGACCUCAGGGAGGUGGAGAAAGAACCCGGCCUAGGACUUAUUGGAAGAUUCUCUAUGCGUGCAAAGAAACUGCAAUCAAAAAAAGGGAAAGAGGAGACCUCAGAUUCUGUAGCUAACAGACGUCGUGUUACCUGGGCAAUGGGACGUAGCAAGUCUCUAGACAAAAAAGAAGUUGAGAUGGGAAGCUCUGAUAACACUAUGGAUACAGAGAAAGAAAAUAUUGAAAAAAAUAGUAAGAAGGUUGCUGAAUCACCUGUCCUUGCAGUGCGACGUAAAUUUGAAUCUAAUGUUUCAGGAAUAUUUGAUAGAGUGCAUAGUAGGUCAAAAGACAUUAAACAUAGGGAAGCUAAACCCCACAGUGAUAAAGAAACUCUAAAAGAAGAGAAGCAAGACAUAAAGAAAAUCAGUGAUUCGCCAGUUCUGGCACUGAGAAAAAAGUUUGAGUCAAAAGUAUCUGGAAUUUCAUUAAGAAAACAAAGUCAGUCUGACAAGAGCGAGGGAGAGAAGGAGGUUAAAAUUGAAGAACAGAAAACACCUUUGUUCUCUCGUCAUCGCCGCUCUCAAUCUGAUGGGCUCAUUCACAAGAGUGUGAAUAAUCCUGAGAACCAAGUUCCCUCACAAACUGCUUUUACAUCAUCCAAAGAGACACUGAUCUCCUCAUCUAGUUCACACUCUAUACAAUCCUCUCAGACUCCUGAAACUGACAUCAGGUCUAGGUGGGACAGAUGGGGUUUGUCCAGAGGCAAGAGAGACAGGACACCAUCAAAAUCAAAUGCACCUGAAAUUCCGAAGGAAGAUUUUCCUCCAGUUUUCCAUAUUACACUAAAGGACCAUGUUCUUCUUGAAGGAAAUCCAGUGACUCUUAGUUGUCUUCCAGCUGGCAGUCCUGAGCCAAAAAUAUUAUGGAUAAAAGAUAAGAAACCUUUGGAGAUUAAUGACAGAAUGAGCUUAGUGGCCUACCCAGAUGGAAGGCAAAUUUUGAUGAUCAUGAAGACCUCUAAGAAGGAUGCAGGAAUAUAUGAAUGUGUCGCCUCUAAUAACCUGGCCUCUGCUACUACUUCCUGUAUACUGUCCAUAGCCUGUGUUCCAAAACGACCAGGAAGCCCUGAGAUUCCACAGAUAUAUAAUAACACUGCUCUGGUGCGAUGGAAACCAUCAGACUCCAAAGUUCCUUGCACGUACACACUUGAGAGAAAAUGUGAUGGUGAUGAUAAGUGGGUGACUGAAGCUACAGGCGUGACUGAUUGUUUCUACAAUUCCUCUGUACUUACGACUGGUUCCACCAUCCAAUUCCGUGUGGCAUGUGUAAAUAAAGCUGGCCAAGGGCCAUACAGUAAUGUAUCAAAGGGAGUGAGAAUUAACGCUGAAGUGCCACCGCUCUAUCAGCCUGCUGAAAUGAACACACACCCAUUGUCUCCUUUUUCUGUUGCUGCUGUGACUACAUCUGCUUCUACAUUAGCAGAACCAAGUGUUAGUCAGUCCAUUAGUCAUAUUCCUGCACAGUCUGGUGAUGUCACAAAUACUUCCUCUGAGGUGCCCGUUUCUCACUCAAAGACGUCAGUCCCUCCUCUUGUUCAGCCCAAGCCAACAAGCACGAUCAACAUGGUUCUCCCUGUUACCCAAACCCAGACUGUAUCUGCAAGGUCAUACACAGCUCCACCCUCAAUAGGCAGAUCGAUUUCCCCUGUCCCUUCGUAUGUUCCAGCCACUUGUUCAGUUGCUCCCACCCCUAUCUCUCCUCCUGUGAUCUUGGUCAGCAGUAUCAGUCCAAUAGGAGAAGGAGCAAGCUCACCCACACCAGAGACACCUAUGGAAAGAGCGGUAUCCUCCACCAAAACUGAGACCACUUUGAGGCAAGGAGUUCCUCAGAAACCAUAUAGCUUUUUAGAUGAGAAAGCCAGGGGACGUUUUGGAGUGAUAAGGGAUUGCCAAGAAAACUCAACAAGCAAGAUGUUUAUAGCAAAGAUUAUUCCCUAUAAUCAGCAGGCCAAGCAAGCGGUCAUAAAGGAGUAUGAGAUACUCAAGUCCCUCCGUUGUGAAAGAAUCAUGGCCCUACAUGAAGCCUAUAUUACACCUCUCUACCUUGUACUCAUAACAGAGUACUGCACAGGCAAAGAGAUCCUGUAUAGUCUCAUUGACAGAUUGUGUUACUCUGAAGAUGAUGUAGUGGGCUUCAUUCUCCAGAUCCUUCAAGGUUUAGAAUAUCUCCACAACUGCCGAAUUCUUCAUCUGGACAUUAAGCCAGACAACAUCAUGGUCACCAACCUCAAUGUGAUUAAGAUCAUAGAUUUCGGCAGUGCUCAAAGGUUUAACCCCCUAUCGCUCAAACAGUAUAGCAGAGAACUUGGGACCCUGGAGUACAUGGCUCCAGAAUUCCUGAAAGGGGAACUAGUAGGACCCCCAACUGACAUCUGGAGUUUGGGAGUUCUUUCCUAUAUUAUGCUCAGCGGUAGACUUCCUUUCCAAGACAAAGACCCAAAACUGACAGAGACUAAAAUCCAUGCCGCAAAGUUUGACUCAACUAAGCUCUACACAAAGGUUUCCCAAAGUGCCUCCAGUUUUUUAAAGAAGACAUUAAAUGGCUAUCCAUGGUGUCGACCCACCAUUAAGGACUGCCUCAGUCAUUCAUGGCUCCAUGACUCAUAUCUAAAGAAGCUGCGUCGACAGACCUUGACUUUCACUACCACACGGCUCAAAGAAUUCCUGGAGGAGCAUCAGCGCAGAUGUGCAGAGUCAGCUACUAAACACAAGGUCCUCCUGAGAGUCUACCAGAGUGGGUUUUCAUCCCCAGCCUCACCAACCAAGCCUAGUUCACCAAGCACACCUAUCAGUAGAAAGAAGAAGAAAAACAUUGACUUUGAACAGGAUAAGGUAAUGAAUUCCUUGAGAGCUGGAAAAUGACUGCUGGAUAGUAUACCCAGGGGUUUCCUUGAAGACACCAGUAAUAUGAGUAAUAAGAGAGCAAAAUAGACUCUAUCUCACAAAUAAUAAUAAUAAAAAAACAUUGACUUAACAUGGUCAAUGGUGUUGAUAAUAGGAAAGUUGGUUGAUAGCUGUAGACUUAGAAGUAACAGUUGUUUCAAGGGGAUGGACAUUACAUUAGGAGCAAUACUGGAUUCACUUUGGAUCAGUGAUUGUACCAGGAUGAAUGAUUUAUAAAGCAUUGUCAUUAAGUUUUUUUUUUAAAGAUUUCUUUAUGGAAUUUUUUUUGAUAGGACAGUGCAGAUUUUGACAGGAAGCAAGUGGGAGAGAGAGAGGGGGACAGGAUUGGGAAAAGUCUGUGAGCCAGGACUCGAACUGGGAACACCAUGUCGGCAUGCUGCCCACGAGGCUAUCAGUGCUGACAUAAUUUAGUUUUUUUAGUUUUAGUUUGCUACAUGUGAUGCAUCCAUUUGGACUUAAAUUAAAUCUGAACUGAGAAUUAUUUUAAGAAUUGCAGAAGCAGGUACAGUAAUAGGGCCUGUUCAUGAAGAAGAAUACAAUAAUACUGUUACAUUUCAUGGAAACAGAUUGCUUUCUUUUGAGAAUUCUUAAGAUACAUAAACUUGUCUGCAGUGUAAAAUGCUGAUUUGUCAGUGUUUUAAAUAUAUAGAGUGUAAGUGACAUAUUGUUAA